AUGGCAGAGCGGCAACAGCAGAAGCACGAAGGCAGGGUCAAAAUCGGACAUUACAUCCUGGGCGACACGCUCGGAGUGGGGACUUUCGGCAAAGUAAAGAUCGGGGAGCACCAAUUGACAGGUCAUAAAGUGGCGGUGAAGAUCCUGAACAGGCAAAAGAUCCGAAGCCUGGAUGUGGUGGGCAAAAUCAAACGGGAGAUUCAGAAUCUGAAACUAUUCAGGCACCCACACAUCAUCAAGCUGUACCAAGUGAUAAGCACACCAACAGAUUUCUUCAUGGUCAUGGAGUAUGUGUCUGGUGGAGAGCUCUUUGACUACAUCUGUAAACAUGGACGGGUGGAAGAUACUGAAGCUCGCCGCCUUUUCCAGCAGAUUAUCUCGGCCGUUGACUACUGCCACAGACAUAUGGUGGUCCACAGAGACCUCAAGCCUGAGAAUGUCCUCCUGGAUGCCAGCAAGAAUGCCAAGAUCGCUGACUUUGGUCUAUCAAACAUGAUGUCUGACGGAGAGUUCCUUAGGACGAGUUGCGGUUCUCCCAACUACGCCGCCCCUGAGGUCAUCUCAGGAAGGCUGUACGCGGGCCCAGAGGUAGACAUAUGGAGCUGUGGCGUGAUCCUGUACGCGUUGCUAUGCGGGACGCUGCCCUUUGACGACGAGCACGUGCCCACACUGUUCAAAAAAAUCAGAGGGGGCGUGUUCUACAUCCCCGAGUACCUGACACGUUCGGUCGCCUCGCUGCUGAUGCACAUGCUGCAAGUGGAUCCAUUGAAGAGAGCUACCAUCAAGGACAUCAGGGAGCACGAGUGGUUCAAACAAAAUCUGCCGUGCUACCUCUUUCCUGAGGACCCGACGCAUGACACCACAGUCUUGGAUGAGGAGGCUGUCAAAGAAGUGUGCGAUAAGUUCGAGUGCAAUGAGUGUGAGGUGGUGUCUAGCCUUUACAGUGGUGAUCCUCAGGUAACAGACCAGUUGGCAGUGGCUUAUCACCUCAUCAUAGACAACCGGCGCAUCAUGACGCAGGCCAGCGAGUUCUACCUGGCCUCCAGUCCGCCGCAGGGCUCCUUCAUUGAAGAGGGCAUGCCACUACCGCCAGGGGUCAAGCCGCAUCCGGAGCGGAUGCCGCCACUGUUGGCCGACAGCCCCAAGGCGCGCUGCCCGCUUGACGCCCUCAACACCACUCGACCUAAGCCGCUCGCCGUCAAGAAGGCCAAGUGGCACCUGGGCAUCCGGAGCCAGAGCCGACCCUACGACAUCAUGGCCGAGGUUUACAGGGCCAUGAAGCACCUGGGUUUUGACUGGAAGGUGGUGAACCCGUACCAUCUACGAGUGCGCAGGAAAAACCCGGUGACGGGCAACCUAGUGAAAAUGAGCCUUCAGCUCUACCAGGUGGACAACCGAUCCUACCUACUCGACUUCAAAAGCAUCGAUGACGACAUCAUCGAAGCGGCUGGCUUCAAGUCGGGCUCGUCCACCCCUCAGCGAUCCGGCUCGACGGCGGGCCUGCACCGGCCUCGCCUUAGCAUCGACUCGGCGAGUCAGACCACGGAAAUACCUCAGCUCAGCUCAUCCUUGCCAGGCUCGCUUUGCGGCAGUUCCCCGACGCUCGUUCCGCGCCAGGGCUCGCACACUAUGGAUUUCUUCGAAAUGUGCGCCAGUCUCAUCACCACAUUGGCUCGCUGA